CUAGCCCAUCGUGGGUACAUCCUCGAAAACUACCCCGAGGACAUUCUCAUGCCCAGCGAGAGACGUCCAACAGUUGUGAGGAGCAAGGGCAUACAUGACCUCACCACCCUUGAGCGCUUCAAACUUGUGGAUGCCCUCAAAAACAAUGUCCUCACCAUCAAAUCUAUUCCAACAGACGCCCACAAAAGUCUCGCAAAAUCACGUGUCCCUGUCAUUGUUGGACAAGCGCCCACUGCAAAUUCACCUCACACUCACGGCCGACGAGUGUUUGCCAAUGGCUGGAUAGAUAGGCGUGGGCUGACCCGUCUGGGCAAUACUUCUGCAUCA